GUUGAUCAGGUGGCAGUGAAGUUCGUCAAGAAAUCAGAGGAUAUGAAAUACAUCAACUUUCCUGAACAUCUUCCAUUGGAGGUCGCUCUUUUAAUCCUCGCGAAUGAGGGCCCCAGAGUUCCCCAGAUCAUCCAGCUGCUGGACUGGAAGGAUCUGGGUGAAUACUACAUCAUGGUUCUGGAGCGGCCCGUUCCCUGUGAGGACUUGCUUGAUUUUGUGCAGCGCCACGGAGGCAGAAUCGACGAGGAGUUGGCUCAAGUUAUCAUGCGGCAGGCAACUCAAGCCGCUUAUAUGAGCUGCCAGCGUGGAGUGCUGCACCGGGACAUCAAACAGCAAAACCUGCUGAUCAACAAGGACACCCUAGAAGUCAAACUAAUUGACUUUGGGUGCGGCAACCUCCUUCAAAGCGCGGCCUACACUACAUUCAUGGGCACACGAAUGUACUGUCCACCCGAAUUUCUAUCACAGGGCAAGUACCACGGGGAGCCAGCGACAGUAUAUUCAUUGGGAGUGCUCUUGUUCUCGCUAGUAUGCGGGACAUUUCCAGACAGACACGACAAGAUUAUGAUCGAUCUGAACCGUUGGUUCAUAGCUGGCUUGUCACAAGGUGAGAUUUGCAUGACAACAAAGGAAGCAGAUUGUAGUUCUAAAUCAUACAAAAGAGAACAAAGAAAGAAGACGGGCAACAGAAAAGUGUAAAUAAUGCAGGAUUGUUUUUCAG